UGGCAAUGCCGCCGACGAGGAGGAUGCCGCAGCUGGCGAUGCAAACGCUGGCAACGCCAACGCCGGCAACGCAAACGCUGGAGCAGGAAACGCAAAGGCUGGCAAGAACAAGAACGCUGGUAACGGUGCCGCCAACAACAACGCCGGUAACGCGGCCGACGACGAGGAUGCUGCCGCCGGCAACGCAGGUAACGCCGCAGACGAUGCUGCCGCCGGCAAUGCAGGCAACGCUGCAGAUGAUGAAGACGCCGCCGCAGGAAAUGGCAACGCUACCGCUGACGAGGAGGAUGCCGCGGCCGACAACGGAAACGCCAAUGCAGGCAACGCGAACGCUGGAGCCGGAAACGCAAAGGCUGGCAAGAACAAGAACGCUGGUAACGGUGCCGCCAACAACAAUGCCGGCAACGCCGCAGAUGAGGAGGACGCUGCCGCAGACAACGGAAACGCGGCUGAUGAGGAAGAUGCUGCCGCCGGCAACGGCAAUGCUGCUGACGAAGCUGACGCCGCGGCCGGAGGCGCCGCUAACAACGGGACUGCCAACGCCGGCGCUGCUACCGGUGGUGCUGCCGGUGCCGGUAAGGCCAACAAGGCGAGCAAGGCCAAGGCCUCUCGCAAUGGCCGCUCUCUCAACCUCUAUGCCGCGCGCAACAUUGCGCGCGGCCGUCCCUCCCGGCGCGCAUAAUUUCUCUCUAGGCGCUGAAGAGUCUUUCUUUCAUGCCGCUGCUGGCGGGAAAGAAGACUCUAGUGAGGACAAUAAGGGCUUUGGUGAUUCCGGCCGUGCCACUGGCGCCAAUGAUGACUCUGAGGAGAGUGAUCGCGCAAGGGGCAAGGGCAAAGGCAAGGGCAGAAACAACUCCAAGAGCAAGUCGAAGUCGUAUUCGUCUAGGAAAGGCGAGCAACCUGAUCGGUCUGGCGAUGGCCUCAGAGCCGAGGAGAGUUCGGCGAUGAUCGGUCGGCCUGAUGGUCCUGGGUCUGGGCUUGGGUUUGCUGAGUUGUCUGAGUUCUAUGAGAUUCGGUGUGAUGAGUGAAGAAAAUGAAAUGGUAAUUCAAAAUGGCGUAGCUUUUUUUGGUAAU